CUUGUUCCGUAACCCAAACGGCAGUCGCCGGCGGGCCGAGGCGGACGGAUAACUCCGCCCCAUUCCGCCCCCAUCCAGAGACGCCGUGAGCAGCUUUGGUUCCGCACCCCAACGCAGGAAGCAACCGCGGCCAAACUCGCCCCGGACGGACGGUGGCGUGUCCUCCACUUCCGGCACUACCACCACGCAACAAUAAGACGAAGAAGCCGGCUGGACCGGGGCCCCGCACUGGCACGCCUCGUACGUACGACGACGCAUCCACCACACUCCACACCCUAGAAGCGAGUGAAACGCGCGCGCGCCGAGAGGGAGUCGGCGGAGAUGGCGGCGGCGGUGGCGCGGCGGGGUGCGGCGCGGGCGCUGGCGCUGGCGAUGGCGCGGAGGGGGAUGUGCUCCGCCUCGGUGCCCGCGGCGGAGCGCGCCGCGGCGGCGCUGUCGUCGGAGGAGCUCAUACGGAUGGAGCGGGACUGCAGCGCGCACAACUACCACCCGAUUCCCAUGGUGUUUUCCAAAGGGGAAGGUUCACAUAUAUUGGACCCUGAAGGCAACAAAUAUAUUGAUUUUCUCUCUGCUUAUUCUGCAGUCAAUCAGGGCCAUUGCCAUCCAAAAGUCCUAAGAGCUCUCAUAGAACAAGCAGAAAGGCUCACACUUAGUUCCAGAGCUUUCUACAAUGACAAAUUCCCAGUCUUUGCGGAGUAUUUGACGAGCAUGUUUGGGUAUGAUAUGAUGUUGCCAAUGAACACUGGAGCCGAAGGAGUGGAAACAGCCAUUAAAUUGGCAAGGAAAUGGGGUUAUGAAAAGAAGAAUAUACCAAAGAACGAGGCUUUGAUUGUGUCUUGCUGUGGAUGUUUCCAUGGUCGGACAUUGGGUGUCAUCUCAAUGAGCUGUGACAAUGAUGCAACUCGUGGUUUUGGUCCUUUGGUUCCUGGUCAUCUUAAAGUUGAUUUUGGAGACAUUGAUGGGUUGGAGAAAAUCUUUAAAGAGCAUGGGGAUCGUAUAUGCGGUUUUUUGUUUGAACCAAUCCAAGGAGAAGCUGGGGUAAUAAUCCCACCAGAUGGUUAUUUGAAAGCUGUCAGAGAUUUGUGUUCUAGGCACAACAUUCUGAUGAUUGAUGAUGAGAUCCAAACAGGCAUAGCUCGAACUGGCAAAAUGUUGGCAUGCGACUGGGAAGAUGUACGACCUGAUAUGGUGAUUCUAGGCAAGGCACUUGGUGCUGGAGUAGUUCCGGUCAGUGCGGUUCUCGCGGAUAAGGAUAUCAUGCUGUGUAUCAAGCCAGGAGAACAUGGAAGUACAUUUGGUGGAAACCCAUUGGCAAGUGCUGUGGCAGUCGCAUCUCUGAAAGUGGUCAAGGAUGAAGGUCUUGUUGAAAGAGCCGCGGAGUUAGGUCAGGAGUUCAGAGACCAGUUACAAAAGGUUCAACAGAAGUUUCCUCAUAUUAUCAGGGAAAUACGUGGGAGAGGUUUGCUUAAUGCAGUAGACCUAUGCAGCAAAGCUCUAUACCCUGCUUCUGCAUAUGACAUUUGCAUCAAGCUAAAGGAGAGAGGCAUUCUGGCAAAGCCCACGCAUGACACCAUUAUCCGGUUAGCCCCUCCCCUUUCAAUCAGUUCUGAGGAGCUCGCAGAAGCAUCAAAGGCACUCAGCGAUGUGCUCGAGCAUGACUUGCCGCAGUUGCAGAAGCAGAUCAAGAAGCCAGAAUCGGAGGCAAAAACACCAGUCUGCGAUAGGUGCGGCCGGGAUUUAUAAAGGGCGACCACCGUUCAUCCGGGCAGAGAUGAGGUACCAGCAAUUUCAUAGACACCAUACCCCCAGAAUAACAGAACAUGGAUUUCUCACCGUGGUAUACCUCUCCAUGUCGCACUCUCUGUUCAGAAAAUGUGCCAUUGAUACAUUGAUUGUAAAUAAAUGGAAUUUGUCUAUCGAUCCAUCUGCCCAUUCUCGUUAUUCGUAGUGAUGUUGCUUCUCUUACCCCAUGCUCAUCAGCGAGACGGUGAGCGAUUAUAUGUAUAACAUAGUUGGACAAGCAGGAAAGUAUAUGUUUCACGCUGAAAUGAAACAAACACCUUGGUAAAA